CGUAGGACGUAGAAUAGCACUCAAGUGAGGUCAAACAAUGGCUGAUUUCGAGCUUAUCCACUCUCAGCUACUGCUGAGCAUUCCAUUGGAAUCCCAAACUCUUCCAAAAGUUACUUCUCUGGGCUCCGAGGCUCUUCAGUUCUUUGCACUCUGUGAACCUCAUCGCCUGUUUGAAACCACUCAGGUGAAGCAGCUUUUGGACCAGACGGUCAAUUUCUUGAACUCAGACGGUGCCUUGAAUGAGAGGACGAGAAAGUUGGCGGUGGAUUUGUCUAACAGGGAUAAGGAAACCUCCCUGUUGAUUGCGAUUGCAUCGUUGUUGAUCUUUGUUCAAAAUAACUAUACCGGCCCACAAUGUCCACUUGUUGCGACUGCAGUCUUUUCUCAGACCGAUGGAAGCGUUGAAGCACUUGGUUCCUAUGGUCAGCCAGCAUAUGAGCUCUCAGAGGAUUCCUUUUGGCUCUUGUUGUCACUGCACUUGCUGGAAGUGUUGAGCUCCACUCAAAACUCUUUACUCUUGGAUCAACUACAACCAGAGGACUAUGCUAUGUCCUCGGUCCCUACAGACUCGUUCGGCUGUGUUGUGAACUGGUGGAGAUGUAGAGCAUUACUGGUCCAAUGCUCGUUGUACCAUGAGCUCUCAGGGCCUCAUAUCACCGUGUGUUCUACCUUAUUGGAUGAAAGCCUGCUUAAGCCCUUGAUUCCAUCUUUACCUGGGAAGAUCGCUAAGGACUUGACUGUAAUGUUCCACUUAGAGAAGGCUAAGACCCUUGUUGAGUGCAACUUGGAACAUUUAGCACCUCAAGAGCUUGUCCAAGCUCAACAAUUGACAAAGUUUGAGUUCGUACUCACGGGUGCGAGGGCUAAGAGAACUAAAUUCCAACAGGUUGCACAUUCUUCGCUGCUGAUAUUGGCUAAAUCGAACUACUUCAACAAUGUACAGCAUGAAUACAACCAUGAGGACACACCAGAGAACUUUGAAUUGAACUCUGAUUUGCUCUUGGAAAGACCAUUCUAUGAAGACGUUGGAAAGGAAGAUCCUGAUCAACAGAUCUAUAAGAAGUUCAAACCUGAUGACCAGACACCAGUGGAUUACAGUGAGCUUCUACCACACACACUUGUUCAGGAGGAUAUUCCUGAGUCUCUCAAAGCUCAAGACCCAAAUAACCCACCGAACUUAUCUGACUUCGAUAACUUGCAACUGCUGUUGAGAUUGUAUACAAUCAGGGCUACUUCACCCUCCGGUGACCCACUCAUCGAGGAACAACUCAUGUCCUUAGUUUCUCGAGUAAUAUACCAGUCCAAAACCACGGGUGUUAACUAUACGAUCUUUUCUCGUGGUCUUUGGGAAAGAUCGUUGUUAGAGACCAAUAAGGCAAGAACCAUUGAACGUGGUAUCCUACAGAUGCAAUCUCUGAUUGAGGAGAUUGGAUUGAAGAUUAAAUCCAGAUAUAUUCCUGCAAAUAACUCUAUGGAUUCUGAAAAAGAGAAGGAGGUGAAGAACAGGAUCAGAUACGUUUUCCAAUUGCCAUUGCUACCAAGAUGGUCACUUGAUUCUAAGUUGGCUGAGAAAUUCAUGUCAAUGGGUAUAGUUAAAAGUGCCAUUGAGAUCUAUGAAAGAUUGGGAUUAGACACAGAUGUUGCAUUGUGCCAUGCAUCUAUUGGCGAGGAGAACAUCGCCAAACAGAUUAUAGCAAAGAGACUACAAGAACAUCCAAAUGAUGCUAGGGCAAUGAGUAUAAUGGGAGAUCUGACAGAGGAUCCAGUCUAUUGGUUGAAGGCUUGGGAUGUUGGUAGAUAUUGGAAGGCUAAGGUUUCCCUUGGUAAAUUCUACUAUUACGCUACAGCUCCAGGCAUUGCAAAGGAUAUAUCUGCGGCAUUGGACCAUUUGCACGAUGCAUUGACUAUAAAUCCAUUGAACUUUGAUACCUGGUUCUUUUAUGGUUGUCUGGGACUGGAAUCAUCCCAGUUUGAGCUCUCUGCAGAGGCAUUCUCCAGGUGCGUUGCCAUUGAUGAGACGUCUGCCAAUGCCUGGUCCAAUUUGGCAACUUCCCUGCUGAGAUUGAACAAGCUGAAAGAGGCCUUCAGUGCACUGAAGAAAGCAACGAGUACCAGUGAAGGCCGCAAUUGGAGGCUUUGGGAGAAUUACUUGGUUGUUGCAGCUAAAUUGGGUGAAUGGGAUGAAGUUCUGUGGGCCUGUAAGCAACUGGUUAACUUCAAGAAGGACUCCAGUGGUGAAGGGUCUGUGGAUAUCCCUGUUGUUGAGAAGUUGGUGGAGAUCCUCGUUGCCUCUGAUUACCACGAGGAUAACCUCACGUUCUUCCAGAGAAACUGUGUUGAAUUCACCACCGUGACGUUACCAGGCGUGAUAAAUACAAACUCAAGGCUCUGGAGAAUCAUUGCAAGGGUUGAGCUUUGGAGAAGGAGACCAUGGGCCUCUUUGGAGUGCUACGAGAAGGCAUACAGAGCACAGUCACACUUACCAGACUUGGAAACAGACGAAGCUGUUUGGAAUGAAACUGUUGAUGCCUGUGCUGAUCUAUGUUCUGCUUAUGAGUCCCUUGGUGAAAUGCCAGGUCGUUUGGGAGCAGGAGAUGUUGUCUGUAAAGACUGGAAGUAUAAGGCUAAGCAGACCAUAAAGUCACUCAUGUCAAAGGGAAGAACGUCAUGGGAAGAUUCUGAUGGAUGGAACAAAUUGAUUGAAACGAGAGAUAACCUAUAGAUGAUGAUAAAAUGGGAAAACUUUUAUUGUUUAUAAAUAGCCUUUGUUGUAUUCUUCUUCUUCUUUUCUUCUUGAUCUAGUUCUUAAUUUAUCUCCAUGAAGAAUCUUCCUUCGCUUAUGGCCUCCUCUGACAUAGUCUUGGUACACUCUUUCAAGAUCUUUGCCUGUUUUGCAAUCUCACCAAGCUUACUGAUAACAACCUCGUUACCUUCAACAAA